UUCUAUUUUCCCUUCGUCCGGUAAAGCAGAAAAGGACGACGUAGAAGAAACAGUAGAAGAGGAGGAGGAGGAGGAGAAGAAGAAGAAGAAGAAGAAGAAGAAAGAAAAGGAGAAGACGACGAAGAAGGAGAGAAAGAAAAGGAGAAGAAAAGAAGAGAAAAGAGAGGAUCGACGUCCCAAGUCGGAGCAAGGACGAGGACGACGGCGGCGGCUACGGUACGUUAGCAGCCAAGUGUCCUGGGGGUGAAUUAGCGCGAGGGUGGAGUACAACUUGCGCAAUAAUGGCGGAGGUUGCAACGAAGAAGUCAAUAAGCGUAGUAAGUAACAAGAAGAACGAGGUUUGCGGUGUUCAAUCUAACAACGGUUUGAUCGAUUUGGAUAACAUUACCGCGACACAUAACAAGCAACUAAUAUCACUCUGUGACAACAACGACGACGAGGACGAUCUCGUUUUAACGAACAACACGCGCAACGAAUUGGCAACGGAAGACAAGAGCCUUCAGGAAUUGAUAGAAAAUGAAUUGGCCUUGAGAAUAUGUUCGAACAACGGAGAUAAGAAGAAGAAGAAGAAGAAGAGGGAUGAUGAUGACGACGACGACGAUGACGAUGACGAUGACGACGACGAUGACGGUAACGGUGACGGUGACGAUGAAAUUGACGAGGUUAACGACAACAACGAUAUCGAUAAUCAAGAUGAAAAGAAUCGAUUAGUAAAAAUGGAUGAAAUUGAGGAACAACAAACUGGUCAGCCGGAUACGGUAAAGAGGAUUCUACUUGAUCGACAGGAGGAUCAAUUUCGCGUUAACACUGAUUUCAUUGUUGCCGAAUUAGAACAUUGUGCGUUGAUCGGGGAACCUUACGGUUACCAAAAUGGCCACGUAUCGCCUAUAACCAAUGUAAAGCCUGAAGAUGGUGCCAAUGAAAGUAAGAAAGAAAUUGUAGAUUUUGAUAAGGAUAAGAUCGAUGAUGAUGAUGAUGAUGAUGAUGAUGAUAAGGAUGCCAUGAUUAUAAAGAAAACGAACGAUGAAAUCGAACGUGAAAGGAAGGGGAUUGAAAAGAGUGAGGAGAAGGAGGAAGGAUCGAUCGAGAACGAGAACGAUUUAUUCUUAAGAUCUACUAAAACGAAUCGAUCCGACGAAGAAGUCAUAGCUAAUCUCGAUGACGUUAAAUUCGAAUCCGAUGAUAAUAAAGUUGAUGUUGAAUCGAAUCGAUCGAUGGAGAUUAAUAUUUCUAAAGUCCUGGAUAAUUCCUCUCCUUUGUCUUGUGGCGGCAAGUAUCAACAGGAGGAGGAGGAGGAGAAUAAAUUGAUCGAGAGUAAAUCAUUUUUGAAAGAUACGGUUGAACUCGUGGAAACAGAUUUAAGGAAGGAUGAAUGUCCUGAGAAGAAAACUACUUGGACGAACGAGCAGGAAGAAGUAGUAAUAAUGGAUGGUCAACAAUCGGGAGGACAAUUUUCUGACAAUUUCGAGGAUCCUGAACAAGUCGCAUUGACGUCGGUUAUCAAUGAUAAAUUAAAAACGAUCGAUACGAAGGAAUCUUUGAUCGAUAAUACGACGGAAUAUUUUCGUAACGACGAAAAUGUCGUCGUAGAAGGAAACGCGACCAACGAGUCAUCGUCUAUGAUUAUGGAUACGAUCGCGGAGGUUACGAAUAAAGUAAUGGAAAGUCCUCAGGAUAUUUCGUCGAACAAAUCGAGAAGUUUCGACGAUGUUACGUUGAGCCAAUCGGAAACAUCGACGGACGCUGCGAGUACCCAAGAAUUCAUCGACAUGGAACGUCGUGUAUUGAGCGAGGAAAAUGAAUCAAAUGUAGAACGGAACGUCGUCGACGACGAUGAUAGCAAAAAAAUGUUGGAAGACGAUUUAAUAGAUCGUAGAAACGACGUUACAUUGUUGACGAGUUAUAGCAAUGAAACUACCAGGGAAUUCGAUUACGAUGAGACUGCUAAUGAUUCGAGAAACGAGAGAUUUGAAGAUAACGAUAAAUGUCAAAUGUCGGAUUCAACGGUUUUGUUAGAUAAUACGGAGGUCGUCGUCAGCGCCCAAAAUUUAGCGAUCUUUUCUGAAAGCAAACGAGUAGAAUCGUUGUUGAUCGAUUCGGUCGAUCAAUCGACCGAUCAAGCUCAUAAAUUCGAUUCAUGGAUGACCGUUGAGGAAGCAACGAGAAUCGAGGAGGAUGUUGAAAUCGAAAAGGAGAGACAUCACGAGGAAAUAUUAACGAUAGAAAGGGAGGACACUAACGAGACGAUCAUAACCGAUAGCGAUAGGUCGACUCAAGACGAUCACCUUGCUGCUUCCUCUCCCCGUGCACCCUUAGCUACUCCGGAUGACGAGACGAGCGAUAUUAUUAACGUGUGCGAUAGCGAAAGUCGCGAGGAGAAGAUAACAACGACGAGCAGUACGACGGCGACAGCGACAACGGUGAUGAGCAGCUCGUCUAAGGGUGCUGCCAGUGUUACUAAUAAAACGAAGAAGAAAAAAAUCGAGGGGGUAGCUGGUAACGAUGCAUCCCCUAAUCUUACUCCACGUACUAAGAAAACUAAGAAGAGUAAGAAGAGUGAUUUAGAAAAGGAGAAUAUAUCUGUGAACUCUGAUUUGCAAGACGCAAGCAUGCAUACUGGCUCGAGAAUGAUCAACCAAGAGACGAUCGAUUUCUCCGACGAGGACGAUCUAUCGAACGUCAACGUUAAAUCGUUGACACAGAAUUACGUGUCCGAGGCGAAUCGUAACGAGCAGGAAAGAUCUAACAAGGAACGAAUCGCGACCGGUGUCUCUAUUAAACAGUUGUGUCGUAGCUUUGGCGACAUCUCGAACAUGAGCGAGGCUGAUCAGGCUACUUUUGGAAGAACAAAUUCCGUGGAAAUCGAGGAGAAAGCAAAGUCGAUGGGUGAUCUGAGAGUAUGCGAGCAGGGUUUCUCCAAGUUCUACAAAGACGCACCCGUCUUCGCUGGGGUGUCGGUCAAGGCCCUCAGGGCUUCCUACUGUAGUUUGGCAAACCUAACAAGCGAGGGUAAAGAGAAGGAUCGAAUUCUUGGGAGGCCGAGGUUUGAGAAAUCGAGUUUCAACAAGUUCGACGCACUGAGCAAAAAGACGGUUCUCCAUGUGCGCUCGGUCGAUGCAGGAAAAGUUCAACAACAAUUGAACUCCGUGGGCCAAAAUGGCGAGGCAAACCAAAAUUGCCGGAGUUGCGGCAAGGUCGUGUUCCAAAUGGAACAGACAAAAGCCGAGGGUUUGGUCUGGCAUAAGAAUUGCUUCCGGUGCGUACAGUGCAGCAAGCAGCUUAACGUCGACAAUUAUGAGAGCCACGAGAGUACGCUUUACUGUAAGCCCCACUUCAAGGAACUCUUCCAACCAAAACCGGUCGAAGAGUCCGACCAAUCUGUGCGACCUCGAAAGCCGGAGCUGAUCAUACGGGAGAACGAGCCGAAAGAGUUGCCGCCCGAUGUGGUCAGAGCGUCAGAUAAACCAGACCUUGGAUUGGAAGAGUUGUCAAGUUUGAAUGUAAAGUCACGUUUCCAAGUCUUCGAAAAAGCUGGUACGGAAAACACGACGAAUGAGAUCGAAAGGUCGCCCUCUCAGAUAGCCGUGAAGAGAUCACCGAGUAUUCUCAGCAAACUUGCCAAGUUCCAAGCAAAAGGCAUGGACAUCGGGGUCGCGGACGAAUCUCUUAAUGGAAUACCGUACGAAGAAUCCAGCGAGAGCGAAGAGGAAGAAGCGGCCGAAGACAUUGAAGAGGUGGAAACCGAAAUCGUGAAAGCGAAACGUACGACUCGCGAACGUCCGAUAAGUUUCUCCAAAAUGGAUGAUAUAAAGAAUCGAUGGGAGAGUACCAGUCAGCAAGGAAGACGCGAGGUUCAACGGGAAGCCAGGAAGGAGGAGAUUGCUGGAAUACGUUCGAGACUUUUUAUGGGCAAACAAGGUAAAAUGAAGGAAAUGUACCAGCAAGCGGUUGCCGGAAGCGAACGGGUAACGAAGAUAAACGCCGCGGAAGAAAUCCAACAUUCGACCCACGCUCGUUCUAUCAAAGAGAGAUUCGAAAGAGGAGAACCUAUCGCCGCGUCGGACGAUGAAACCGACAGCAAACCAAAACCGGAGAAGGCCGACGAAGAGGUCAUCGCUGCUGGUAUAAGCAGAAAAUCCCGAUCGCUUUUCUUAGAACUUGACGCUUCAGCAGCAAAGACCGGACGUCCUGUCACUCCGGUAAAUCCAAAAACACCAGCUGACGCGCCGAGGCGUGCGCGUGACGCGUUCAUGGUUCGUCAAGUAUCGGACGACGUCGUACGCAGUUCGGACACAACCGAGGAGGUUCACGUCGAGACAUCGGAUAUUUCGAACAAGUUCAAAUUUUUCGAGUCUUACAAGGAACCAGAGAAACAACGGAAACAAUUUCGAAUUACACCGCCACGUGAUGGCCAAGUCAAGCAGAUGGAUUCGCCGGAGCGUGAAAUAUAUCGUGAUCCUGACGUUGUGAGGGCCGACGAUAGAGUGGACGAAGUUGUACACACAGACACAGCGAGAAAGAUGCUCUCGAUCUUCCGGCAGAUGGAGGAGAAUGCGUGCAAGGAGGAAUUGCCGGAGGGUCCGAAACCUUUGAAACGUUUCACGCCACCACCGGAGGACAAGUUCGCGAAGCAAACAGCCUCUGAUUCCGAAGAGGACGAAGAAGAGGAAGGUGAGGAGUCUGAAGCCGACGAGAGUGCCGAGGAAAGAGAUCCAAAUUACGUCAGAGCCUCCGAUAAGGUAGAGGAUGAAUUUUUAAAGCAGGCACAGAAUGCAGCACGUGCCAAGACAUUACGCGCGAAAUUCGAACAUUGGGAAGAGACCGACGGUAAACCGAGUAAUCACAAUAUUGCCGAAAUGGAAAUAGCUCAGAGUACAGGCGAUCAGUCGAGCAUAGAAUCAGCGAGCAGUCUCAGAGCUCGUUUCGAAUCACUCGGAUCACAGACCAAUGAGUCUCCUCGUGCGCCAAAAAUUAAAGUCAAUCGAUUUGUGGAGAUUCAAGCAAGCUGCACAGAUGUCUGUGAAAGUUGCAAAAAGAAGGUAUAUCCGCUCGAGAAGGUCGAAACAAAUAACAAAAUUUUUCACAAACAGUGCUUCCGAUGUCUUCAAUGCAAUUGCGUUUUAAGGAUGGACACGUUUACGUUGAACAACGGCAAACUAUAUUGCAUUCCACACUUCAAACAACUUUUCAUAACUAGAGGCAAUUACGAUGAAGGAUUUGGCGUAGAUCCACAUAAGAACAAAUGGGCGACGAGCAACGCGAAUCAAGCUAACGUGUCGCCAAUUGCAGUUUCAAACGGUGACCUCUGAUUGGUCCGUCGUCAAUCCGCACACAAAUUCUGUGUGAUCAAAUUUCUCCUCCUGCGACCAUUCGAGCAUCGCGUUUUAUAAUAACAAUACAUAUUCCGAUAUUUUCUGUAAAUCCCCUUUUAUUUUUAUUCGCGAUUAGAGACGAAAAAAAAAGAUCGAGACAAGGACGAAACACCAAGAAAAAUUAACAGUGUAACCGAGCGACGUUGUCAUUUUAAAUUACGUAGUGCCAACAGUAAUAAGAGGAAA